AUGCGGGCCGCUCGUCUCUCGUUCCUCCUCUACUCCCUAUCCCUCGUGGCCGUCGUCGCCGGUCAGAGCGCUGCGGUCACGAGUGUAGGCAACGCCGUCACCACUCCCGCUGCGGCGGCUACCACAGAGGCGGCUACCACAUCAGCUGAAUCAACAUCAUCGACUUCUUCAUCAACCUCUACUUCUACUUCGGAGAGUUCCUCGACCACCAGUGAAAGACAGCCCACAACGACAUCGUCGACCACGUCCGAACAGACGACUUCCACGACGGACGCACAGGCCCACACCACCCAGCAGCAGCAGCCGACGUCAACGACAAACAACAAUGCACAGACAACUGAACCCACUACCACGAAUAAGAAUGGCAAGACCACCGUCGAAAGCACGACCCAGCAGACUACGGCAACUCCCGUUGUGAAGACGGUCACGACGAUUGAGACCAUCAGCGGAACGCCUGUGCAGACUACGCUCACCACUACAUCGACCCCUGCGAGCGCUGAUUCGACUGGCUCUCCUGGUCUGAGCGGUACCUCUUCUAGCAACUCCAACGGCAGCUCUGGUCUCUCCUCUUCUCAAAAGAAGAUCAUCAUCGGUGUCGUUGUGGGUGUUGGCGGUGCCAUUAUUGUGGGUGCCCUCGCCGUUGUUGGGUGGAGGAUCCACGCCCGGAAGGCUGCGCAAGACAACGACGAAUCUACUGAUCUCAUGAGCGGUACGGCUGUCGGUGCAGGUGCUCGCGAGAAGGCCCCCAGCCCGGGUGUCGGCGGCACGCCCUUCAAGACCACGCUUGACCAGUACCACAACCCUGGACCAGUGAAUGCUGCAUCGAACUUCUAG